AUUGUCUGCGGCAAUCUCGGUCGCUGAUUAAAAGUUGCCCGACCGCCUGCAGCAGCAGCAGCAGCAGCAGCACCAGCAACAGUUGCAUGUUGCAAGUUGCAAGUUGCUGGCUGCGGUGGACCACUUGGGUGACUAUCACUUUUGCAGCUGCAACGGCCACGGCCACGGUUGACGGAAGCGACUGCAGAACUCAAGUACGUGUAACAACCUUAACCCUAAAGCGGACGAGAUGGAAUGGGCCAUGUCCGCUCACUCGAACCACUUGAUACCCAGUUGAACCCAAUUUGUUGAUAUAACAUUUCGCUGGAAAAGCGCACAAUGGAAAUUAUGCGAGUCGAGUGGUAAUGCAAUACUUUCUAUUUCAAUGCUAUGGUUACAUCAACUGCCCGUCCUAGGCCCAAUUGCGAAUCUUUCACUUUUGGGCUCGCGCUCUAUAAAAGCCAGUUGUCAGAUGGCAACCAUUCGCAUUGCCAAACAGAGAUCCGGCCAGCUAGCCACGGCCAUUAACAAGAUGUGGAAAUUCCUACUGAUUUGCAGUAUUCAGCUGAUUUGCGCCUCGGAGCACAGUGGCGAAGGAUAUGGCGAGAGUUACGGCUACGGCGGAAGCGGAAGCGGAGGAGGAGGAGGAGGCGAAGGUCACUACCAACAUCAUCACCAUCACACACCCACCACAUACUCGGAGAUAUCCAAGCACGUGCCCGUGCACGUGAUCGAGAAGGUGCCGCUGCCCAUUCCCCAUCCGGUGGCCGUUCAGGUGCCCAACGUCAUCCGGCUGCAGAUCCCGGAACCCUACGCCGUCCACGUGCCCGUCCAGCAGGAGAUCCAAGUGCCUGUCUACAAAAUAGUGCCCGAGAUAACCGAACGCAAGAUACCCUACACCGUGGAAAAGCCAUAUCCCGUGGAGGUGGAGAAACCCUAUCCCGUCGAGGUGAUCAAGCAGAUCAAGAUUCCGGUGCCGAAGCCAUACCCUGUUCCCAUUACCAUCUACAAGCACGUCCUGCAAAAGGAUCACGGCUGGUGAUGACCGUUGUCGUGGCUUGUUAGUCGUUAAGUUUCAGGAUGCCUACUCAG